AUGGACGCCAAGUGGAUAGACUGGUCCAAGACGACGCGGUCCAAGGACUACCGCGGCUCCAGCUCGUUUGCGACCUUUAUGAUAAUAGGGCCCGUCUGCUUCUUCCUCGGCAUCCUCUUCGCCUCGUUCCCCUACGACUUCCCGCUCCUGUGGACCUCGGACCCGGUGCCUCCGUCCUACUACGACCAGCUGGCGACGCACCUGCGCUUCAUGCACGCGGCGCCGCCGCUCAUCUCGCGCGUGCUCAACAUCGUCAUCUUUGUCGGCUUCCUCGGCUUCUUCGCCAAGCUGUUCCGCCCGUCCGAGGCCAACGUGCUCUUUGACGGCUCGUCGCUCGUCCUCUACGUCAUCGGCGUCGGCAUCUACCUCGCAAACAUCGUCAAGGGCCUGCGCGACGUCACGGCCGACGCCUGGGGCGCCGACGGCAAGGGCACCCUCAGCCACGAGGGCCCCAUCUCGGGCGAGGUCAAGCUGAGCAGGGAGGACUCGCUCAAGGUCCUGAGCGCUAGCAACACCAUCCUCGCCCUCGUUCUCGUCGGCGUCCUCGUCCUCCAGGCCGGUGAGUGGUACGCCGAGCGCAAGGAGGCUGAUGACGACGACGUCGUCAGGGACUCCGGGGACAAGAAGGCCGCCGCUGCCAAGAAGAAGCAGUGA